AUGAAACGUCCAGCAUCGCUGUUCACGCUCUAUCCAACUAACCGACUGUAUCAGAAAUCCUCUCGAUUUACUGUAAUGGGCCGACGGAUGGAAGUUUCCAAAUAUUUUACGAUCGACGUGUGUCGUUUAUUUCCAGCCUUCUGUCGUUCAACUUGCUCGCUUGAUCACCGCGCGGACGCGUUGCUAUCUUCGCGGAUAUCAAUUCGAGCUAUAAAGUCGUCUCACAAUUACGAGGCGUCUGACAGGUGUAUAGUGCGAGGAGAAACAUUAAGAGGUUCGUUGGGCGCAGGACAAGAGGCCGAAACGAAGCAGCGACGAGAAACGGCCGACAGCAGCAAGAAAAAGGAGCGAGCCUGCAGAGCUCUGACCCACUUUAGCAGCUUCUAUAUCGGCGAGGGAACAAGACGGAAUGCUACCAAUGCUACGGGGUACUUUCACUCGGAAGGCUCGUUCCUCAACGCACGACUGAUGCUGAGUGAAACUCUCUUCCUACACUCGCAUUACAACGCAAGACACCACUGUUGUACACCGCUGAGUAUUAUCCGCCGCGUAUUCAGCAAUUCAAGACCGAGCUCAAGAUCAAUCUCACCCACUACACUCUCGACACAAAUCAUACCAGUCAUACACAGCAUCGACAAUACGUCCCACAACAUUUUGUCGAUGACCGCCCACUAG